AUGGUCAAAGCCAUUGCCGUCACUGCUCCCGAGACUAUCUCCGUGGUGAGCGACUGGCCCAAGCCUACCCUCCGUCAUGACUGCAUCCUUGUCAAAGUGGUGAGCGUUGCGCUUAACCCCACUGACUGGAAAACCGCCCUUCAAAGCACUCCCAUCGUCACUGUUGGCUGUGACUACGCCGGCAUUGUAGAAGACGUCGGUCCUGCAGUCACAAAACCCUUUCGGGCCGGUGAUCGUGUCUUUGGCGUCAUUCGCGGCUGCAACCCCAAUCUCCCCUACAAUGGAGCAUUCUCCGAGUACGUCCUCGCUCCAGGUGACCUGCAGUGCGCCAUACCGGAAAACCUCAGCUUUCAGGAAGCUGCAACCCUAGGUGUCGGCAUGGGCACCAUUGCUCAAUCUCUGUACCAAAGCUUGCAGCUCGCACCGUUUGAUCAUCCUCUGGCCCAGCCGGAACCGAUUCUCGUCUACGGCGGUGCGACGGCCACAGGGACUCUGGCAAUUCAGUUUGCGAAGCUGUCCGGGUACGAGGUGAUUACGACGUGUUCGCCCGAGACUGAGGAGGUAGUGAAGAGCCGUGGUGCCGACCAUGUCUUUGACUACAAGGAUCCCGAGGCGGCUGACAAGAUCCGCGACGUUACGCAGGAUCGUCUGAAGUUGGUGCUGGAUACCAUCUCAACAGACGAGACGGCGGCAUUCUGUGGACGGGCUAUGAGCUCCCAGGGCGGUGAUUAUACGGCGAUGAUAGAUAGCAAGGUGCCUCGUGCGGAUGUACGCAGUCGCUGGACGUUGGGGUAUACGGUAUUCGGUGAGGAGUUGACGUUUCGAGGUGGGCGUAUCCCUGCGAAACCGGAGGAUCGGGCUUUUGCGUCAGAGUGGCUGGAAAAGGCGGCCAAGUUGUUGGCGGAUGGCAGGGUUGUUCCUCAUCCUGUGAAGAUUGGGGCUGGCGGCUUGCAGGGUGUCAUUCAAGGACUGAAACUCUUGAAGGAAGGGAAGGUCAGGGGGUGUAAGUUGGUGUAUAAUGUGGAUGAGACUGCUUGA